UGAUUCUAGGAAGAGUAAUGUAAAAGCUGUAUUGACUUUAGUCCUGCUAUUUUCAGUACUGUUUUAAUCAAUAUGAACAGUUCCAUCUUCAGCCAUGUAAAGGGUUAACUGUUCCAGGAAGAGAAUCACACAGCAGUAUCUGGUGGGGAGGAGCAUUAUUGGCGUCAACUUGCUGAACUGAAACUAAAGUAGAGACACAGUAUAUUGUGUACGAGACCAAACUCUCCAGCACUUCAGAAAUCUAUUAAACAGCAAUACGUUCAGACUAUACUCUGACUCUCCUAGCCGUUGACACCACAAACAGGAAGGACAGAGAUAUUAUCCAACGAAAACAUACAGAUAUGACCACCUCCAGCAGUCUCCUGUCUGAAGAGCAGUUCCUGUGUUCUAUCUGUCUGGAUGUGUUCACUGAGCCAGUCUCUAUUCCAUGUGGACACAACUUCUGCAAGUCCUGUAUCAGGGGAUACUGGGAUACCAGUGACCUGUGCCAGUGUCCAAUGUGUAAAAAAACCUUUGAUAAGAGACCAGAUCUGUUUGUCAAUACUUUCAUUUCUGAGAUGGCUGCUCAGUUCAGGCAGACAGUUGAAGUGAAAGCUACCAGCAGCCCAGACCAAUGCCCUGACAUAAUUGUAGAAGUGUCCUGUGACAUCUGUACUGGGAUGAAGGUCAAGGCCCUGAAGUCCUGUCUGGUGUGUCAGACCUCUUACUGUGAGACUCACCUGGAGCCUCAUCAGAGAGUCCCAGCCUUAAAGAGACACAAGCUGAUCAACCCUGUGGAGAACCUGGAAGAAAGGAUGUGUAAGAAGCACGACAGACCUCUAGAGCUGUUCUGUAGGAGUGACCAGACUUGUGUGUGUCAAUUCUGUACUGAGACAGACCACAAGACUCAUGACACUGUCCCUCUAGAGGAAGCGUAUGGAGAGAGGAAGGCUGAACUGGGGAAGACUGAAACAGAAGUGCAGCAGAUGAUCCAGGAGAGACUGAAGAAGGUUCAGGAGAUCAAACAUUCAAUAGAUCUGAGUCAGAAAGAUGCAGAGAGGGAGAUAUCAGACAGUGUACAGGUCUUCACUGCUCUGGUUCGCUCCAUUGAGAGAAGCCAGACUGAGCUCAUUGAGGUGAUCGAGGAGAAGCGGAAAGCAGCAGAGAGGCAGGCUGAAGGGCUCAUUAAAGAUCUGGAGCAGGAAAUCACUGAGCUAAAGAGGAGAAGCACUGAGCUGGAGCAACUCUCACACACCGAGGACCACCUCCACCUCCUACAGAGCUGUCCAUCCCUCUGCACCCCUCUACCCACCAAGGACUGGUCUAGGAUCAGUGUUGACAGUGAUCUGUGUUUGGGGACUAUGAGGAGAGCUGUGUCUCAGCUGGAGGAGACUCUUAUGGGUUUAAUGAAAAGUCUAUGUGUUGAUCUGUGUGUUGUUGCUGAGUUGAAGAGGAUACAGCAGUAUGCCAUAGCUGUGACUCUGGAUCCUGAUACAGCACAUCCCAAUCUCAUCCUGUCUGAGGAUGGGAAACACGUGAGAUAUGGAGACACACAGACAAAUCGUCCUAAUACCCCAAAGAGGUUUGAUAAUAGUGUAAAUGUCUUAGGAAAGGAGGGCUUCUCCUCAGGUAGAUUCUACUUUGAGGUGAUGGUCAAGGGGAAGACUGACUGGGAUUUAGGAGUGGCCAGAGAGUCCAUUAACAGGAAGGGGAAGAUCACACUGAGCCCUAAGAAUGGAUACUGGACUGUCUGGCUGAGGAAUGGAGAACAGUACAAGGCUCUUUCUAGCCCCAGUGUCCUGCUCCAACUGAGAGAGAAGCCCCAGAAGGUGGGGGUGUUUGUGGAUUAUGAGGAGGGUCAGGUCUCCUUUUAUGAUGUGGAGGCCAGGUCUCAUAUCUACUCUUUCACUGGCUGCACCUUCACUGAGAAACUAUAUCCAUUCUUCAGUCCCUCUAGUAAUGAUGAUGGUGAAAACUCUUCCCCUCUGAUCAUCUCUCCUGUCAAUGACAGACUGAGUUUUAAUCUGAAAAUCUAACUGGCCAGUAAAAUAAAUACAUUUAAAAUAGUAAUAAUCUGUUGUCAUACAUCACAAUCAAUAUUUCAGACACACAAAUAUCAUGCUUCCAAGACAUGCGAACCUCUGACUAUUACAAUAAUGGGAGGUUAGCAUUUUGUGCGUCUAACUUUCUCACUCAUCCUUAUUCACAAUUCAUUCAGGAUUAUCUGUCAUAAUGGUAGCAUCCACAUUAAGGUAAAAGUUUAUUUUUAUUUUUAACUAUUCUAUUAUUUUAUAAGUGGCUCCAAAAUGACACAAUACAUUAUUUACAAAAUGAUUUAUAUUUGGUACUAAAUAGUGUGAAACGCAACCAAAACAAACAGCAAAUGGAUCUAACAAAUGUGUAGAGUUACAAGUUUGAUGUUGUCAUUGUGUGCUAGGAAUAUGGUACCAAAUACUCAACUUUUCACUACUCUAAUACACAUAUAAGUGAAUUUGUCACAAUACUUUUGGUCCCCUAAAAUGUGGGGACCCUGUAUAAAAAGUGUUGUCAUUUCUAAAUGGUGAAACCAGUAUGUACACAAAUACCCUCAAAUAAAAGCAGAACAUCUUUACUUUAACCAUAUAGUAAUAGUUUGAGUUCAAAUAGAAACUUUUGGAGUAUAGAGACAAAAUAAGAAGAAAUGCUUCACUGUCCCAACAAUUACUGAGGGCUCUGUAUAUAGUAUAUACAUUUUCUGUUCCGAAUCUUUGGGAGUGCAAAUAAAACCACCCUUGGGCCAAAUUCUUCCAGUUGGGACCCCUGAUGUAGCGGAUCUAGUUUUGUGUGUGUGUGUGUGUGUGUGUGUGUGUGUGUGUGUGUGUGUGUGUGUGUGUGUGUGUGUGUGUGUGUGUGUGUGUGUGUGUGUGUGUGUGUGUGUGUGUGUGUGUGUGUGUGUGUGUGUGUGUGUGUGUGUGUGUGUGUGUGUGUGUGUGUGUGUGUGUGUGUGUGUGUGUGUGUGUGCUUCGCUUGUCCGUGGUUCUUGGCCUCGUCUUGCAUGAGGCCCCAUGUUAGUUUAAAAAGACACUGGAUUCCAUUUUCUCCCUACGUUCCUGCCAGGAGCACCUCUGUGUUACACGGCGUGUGAGGGAUUAUUCCUUCCUGGGAAUCCUGCAAAUGAAUCUUAAUCACCGUGGAAACAGGCUAGUGGAACGUAUAGGGAUGGAGGGAGGGAGGGACAGAUCCAGAGAUGGGAAUUCAGGAAGUUGUUCUGAUUGGGUUGUGGUGUUGUCAUUCAGUGAAACAGAGGUUCUGUUCUCUUGCUUUAUAUAGCUAUUGUAUUGUACAUAACUGUGUGUUGUUGUGUGUGUCUGUAAGCCUGUGUAUUGACGGUAGCAGCAGCACUGGUCUGAGCACCCAGACCUCUACCUAGCCUAUAUUUAGUCUGUGUGAUGGACAUUGUUUUGAGCCCAAAUGGACUACAGAGACUGAUAAUAAAUGCAGUGAGAGAGAUUGAGUGUGUUAGCCAGCAAAGCAGUUACCCUGCCAACUGCAGUGCUUCUAUUCUGGGGGCAUGGGCACAAAAUGGCUGCCGUUACUCACAGGAUGUAAAUUACAUCUGCCUUUGAGACAGUCUUGAGAUGCAGGUCCAUGUGUGUAGACAGUGGUGCUGGAGCAGUUUUUUGUAAAUGACAUCAUCAUUUCCUCAAUGUUUGUACCGACAGAUGUAGACAGUUGAUUAGCCUGUCAGUAUAGAAGAUGCAUAAAAUGCAUCAUCCAAUUGCAACGUCUGCCUAUACCCACUCAUAUUUCCUCUAGAAAAUGUUCAAUUUUUAAUACCCUCAAACAUAUAAUUAGGAAUAAGCCACCAUCAUUGUCAGUCAUUUAACCGGUGAAAUGUCCAAACUGCAUCUCCAAGUCAGCCAUUUGAUGGAUCUCAAUGAGUUUCAUGGGAAUAUGAAUGUAGAUCUUCUUGAAUGACUGUUUUGUGAGUGAAUUAGAGCAGAUGGUGUUAACACACUUGUCCGUUCUUGUUUCAAUUAAAGCAGAAAUCCUGCCUAGUGGUGC